GGCAUCAUUGCGCCAUUGCAAAGAAGUGUUGUCGCUUUGGCGGGAAGCAUUUUGUCCAUAAAACACCAAGUUUCUUUCAGCAUUUUCGUUUUGACCGAUAUAUAAGACUGUCAAAAGUAAAUGGCGCAACUUUCAAGCUCCUAUUCAAGUCUCAGCCGAGCGCAGUUAACUGUCGAAUAUCUUCAUACAAACAGUACAACUCACGAGUUCCUAUUUGGCGCUUUGGCUGAAUUGGUUGACAAUGCACGAGAUGCUGGUGCUACAAAGAUGAAUAUAUUUUCAGUUCCCAAUAAUAACGUCCUCGGCAAAUACUUGUUGUGUUUUUGCGAUGACGGCGAGGGAAUGGAUCCUACCGAGGUGUCGAAUGUUAUCCAGUUCGGGCGGUCAACGAAACGCGUGAUGGACUCGAAAAUGAUCGGACAAUAUGGAAACGGUUUGAAGUCUGGCUCAAUGCGUAUCGCGAAAGACAUGAUUAUGUUUACAAAGAAGCAUGGCACGAUGAGUUGUCUGUUCUUGUCAAGAACCUUUCAUGAACGGGAGGGGAUUAACGAAGUAGUCGUGCCGAUUCCAUCUUGGGAUGUAGCAACGAGGAAACCUCUUAGUCGGGCGAAACGAGAACUAGAGAAGCAUCAAACCGAGCUGCAAGUGAUUCUGAAAUAUUCUCCUUUUAAAUCCGAGUCAGAGCUCUUUAAGUAUUUCGACAAAAUCGAAUCUAAAGGGACUUUAGUUAUGGUUUACAACAUGAAACUUUUGGACUCGGGGGAAACAGAACUUGAGCCGUCCGAAGAUGAUAUCGUAAUGCGAGAGUUGUAUGAAGAGAAUCUUGAUGACAAAAGCAUUAUGCCUGAACGAAAGUCCUUCCGUGCCUACAGCGCUAUCUUGUAUCUGGAUCCAAGAAUGAAGAUUUACAUCCAGGGGAAGAAAGUGCUCACGCGAAGACUGGGAGAUGGUUUGUACAAGCCAAGGAGCUACUUGUUCACGUCAAAACGAUUCAAAACUCGUUCGGAACGCGAGGCGAAUAAGGCUUUGGUGGAGGCAAAAUCAGCCGCUGACAAGGCCAGAGAGUUGGAGACAAUUGCAAAGGAAAUGCAACAGGAUGACCAGGGCAUCUCCAAAGAAUCUAGGGCAAGGCUACGCCAAGCACAGGACAGCGCCCUUAAGGCAAGAACUGAAGCUGACAUGAAGAAUCAAAUUGCGAGUACAAAACAGAAAUCGCUAAAAGAACCGAAAACUCUGACCUUUACGUUCGGUUUCAACAUCAAUCGUAGACAUUCCUACGGCAUGUUCGUCUAUAAUUGCAACAGAUUGAUAAAAAUGUACGAGAAAUCAAGUUUUCAAUCUGACGGCAAAAGGGCAUAUGCAGGAAUAGUAGGUUUUGUCGAUGUGCCGUAUCUUGUCUUGGAACCAACCCACAAUAAGCAAGACUUCGCUGAUGCAAAGGAAUACAAGCAUCUUCUUCGCUCCAUGGGGGAACAUCUCGGGCAGUAUUGGAAAGACAGUGGUCUGAACGAGAAAAGUGUCGAUUCGUUCUGGGACAAUUUUGGGUACAUCUCCAACGAUAUUGCAGAGGAACCUUCGGACGAAGCCAAGUACUUAAGAAAGCGAGCCAUGCAGCUUCCGUGCACAGUGCAAUGCGCAAACUGCCUGAAAUGGAGAACUCUGCCUUUCUCCGCGAAAAAUAUUGGAAGAACUUUCGAGGACGAAUGGACGUGCUCUAUGAGCAAUGAUCAUGAACGAAACAAGUGUUCUGCUCCAGAACAGAAGUCCAUCACCCCGGUUGGUUCUCUUCAGAAGCAGACCAAGACGACAGAGGAGAAACAGAGGGAGUUGAUGGCGGAUAUCAAGAAGAAGAAGGAACAGCUCAAUCAGCUAGACGGACGAUCGAAACAAUGGCAGAACGACACGACAGAUCCAGUGCAGGUCAAACGGGUGCUUGAGGUACCGCCAAGAAACUCCACGAUCUCUGCUCGCACUGAGAAACCGGCGACUAAACCCAGCACUCCUAAACAGAUUGUCUCCCAGCCACCGCCAAGAUCAGCUGCACAGGCAUCUCUGAGACUCAUCUCUCAACAAACACAAAGAGCGCCACCGAAGCAAGCUCCUCCACCUGCUGCAACAAAACGAACUCCAGCUCCAAAGCAAGUCUCUUUAUCAUCACCAAAACAGCUCACGAGAACGAUUUCCGCUCCAGUUAAAAGUACCACGAAACCAACCGCUAAACUGACACCCAUAGCGAGACGGACGUCAGUUGACAGUAGCCACACAAACAGAUCAUCCGUGACCAGCUCAAACAAACGAGAACAUCCCGUGGCAGAGAAAGAAGUCUUCGAGGUACCACUAAAACGGAAAAGAGAGGAAGUCACCUCAACGCAGGACAUCCAAGAACCAGAAGAAUGUCAUUCUGAUAACAGCGAAAACACACAAAACGAUGAUGCAGUCGUUCAAUCAAAACUAUCCAAAUACAAGAAAGGAAGUAAAGUUGAGGUGUUCAUCAAGCCAAGAUGGUAUUUCGCAAAAGUUGUCGCCGUGAAACAUUCUAAAAACUCGCCCGCCAAAGUGAAAGUGAAAUUUGACAAUUACCAGAAAGAUAAAUUUGAUAAAUGGUAUGAUGAGACAAACGACGAACUGAAAUUACUGAAUGAGGAUUACCCAAUGACAGAGGACGCCAUGGAUAAUUCACCAUCGUCUACCACACCUUCUAGUACAACCACAGUUGAUAUGCCUUCACCAUCGCCUCGUAAACCAGGCUCCAUAUCAUCUCCCUCAACUGGCACCUCCUUGGAAGACACAGUCAUUUCUCUAGAUAAGAUGCUGAGGUCUUGUAUAUCAUAUAUAUUAGUGCCAGAGUUUCCAACCACUGGUUAUCAACUGGAGACAAUGUCCUUAGAAGAAUUACUGAACUUUCCACUGGAUAAACUUUUCGAUGUUCACAGCGACAGUAUGAGGACGAUUAUGGACGAGAAAACGAAGAGUGUUCUCUCCAAGAAACUUUCUGAACAGGAAAGCGAGUUAGCCGAGUCGAAAAGACGUGAAUCCGAGUACAAGACGACGUUGUCGAACCUACGGCGGACGGCGGCGAAGUUGAUCCGAGCAUUAAACGAGAAUCCAGAAGAGAGUACCAUAGCUCCAAAUGACGAUACGGAGAAGGUCGAUACCUUGUUAGAAGCCAUCGCUGCACAAGCGGUAGCGAGCGAUGCAAGCUGAUCGCCUUAUCUUAUCCCGCGUGUGGACAUGUUUUGGGAAGAAUUUUGCAUCGAGAAAUGAAAACUGGAGCUCUUUGAAGAAUAUGAAGCUUGUUGUUCUCGUUGUUGUUGCUCCACGAUCUACUUUGUUAGGGCAACUGGUUUCAAAAAAGACCUUUCAUUUAAAGGAGAACUAUUAUUGUUUAGUUUAGUGCUUGCGUAAUACAAAGGGUGUUCCUCUGUUGUUCUAUUUUCUCACCUGAAUGUUCAUAAAUUGCACUUCGUAGAAACACAUGGAUUAUUUUGUAUAAAAUUGACUUUCAUGUUGUUCGUGGAAUUGUUUGAGUUCUGACUUUACGUUGAGUGAAAUACCCUCUCGUACAAUUAUUAAUAUUAUGCUUCAUUUAUAUAUUCGUUCCGUUUUGUUGCUGUCAACAAUAUUUAUUGUAGUUGUAUAUUAUAGCAUGCGAACCUGUUUUUUUAAUU